AUGAAAUUGGUUGAUAUUUUACUCGUACUGAGUGCGACAGCAACCGCUAAUGCAAUACUGAUACCGACUGAUAACAAUAGUCCAUCCCAAACAUCAGGCACUUCCAGUCAAGUGUCUGGUCCAACUAAUGAACCCAGUCCAAACACUUCUGACCAAAACUGGCAAAACAUAGUUAUUCAACCCGGUCUAAGCAUCUCCGACAAAUAUUGGCAAUACCUAAUAGAUGAAGUUGGUUCAGACACUCUCAAUGACUGGAAAGAACUGUUUGAUAUAGCUGACUCGGAUACUCCCAAAAAAGGUCAGCAACAGUCAAUAGGUCAACCUAGUUCAAACACUUACAGCCAGGGUCAAAAACGUCCAACUGAUAAACUUGAUCCAGGCACUUCCGAAGAGCAAUGGCAAGACAUAAUGGAUCUAAUCAAUUCUGACACUUGCAAAAAAGGUCAGCAACAGCCAGUAAAUCAACCUAGUCCAAGUACUUCCAAACAAAGUCGAAAACAACCAACUGAUAAAUCCAAGUCUGACACUACUGGCUUAAAUCAAAAGACUCUAUCGACCCAAGAUCAGAACGCACUUGACUUGAAAGAAAUCGAGACGUCCAGAGAAAUACGAGAGAAAUGCCAAACCUAUUAUGAUUAUGUAACUAUUGGAUUGAAACAAAAGUCAGCGUUGGCAAGAGGCGAAAAGAUAUCUGAACCAAGGCAUAAGCCAGAAAUCCAAAAUAUAUUGAGAGAAGAGUGUAUUUCACCAAAUGAUAGAAUAGUAAAGGCAAGACAACGAUUGAAAGAUUUGAUGGAAAAGCAGAAUCAGGAGCGGAAUCGGAUUUUGAAGACGCUUUUGAAACUCGAGGAUUUUGAAUAA